GUACAUAAGCUACGUACCCCAAAGUCACGCGUCCAAAAGUGAUAUGGUCUGUCAUUAGGCACUAUUACAGUUGUAUGUUAAUCGAUUGAAAAUUUCCUCCGCAAAUUGAUUGGAUGUGGACGUUACGACAUCGGUUGAGUAUCAGACUAUUUUGACUGCGAUGGUUCCAGAAAGAACUCGUUGCUACUUCAUUCAAAUUCUGGACUAUUUUUCUCUUACUAUGAAUUUCAGCCGUUCACCAUUCGUUCAGGCCACCUAGAAGCCUACUCGAAUGUCAAUAAAUCAUUCACACCUAUUCAUCGCCCAUCUAUCUAAUCAUGUCCACGUGCAUUGAUUCGCCUAGUCCGAUCACAAGCUAAUCGUGUGAUCAAAGUUCGUUUCUGCUCUUAUGAAUCAUCAGUCAUUUGUCUGAUCAGGUGCAUAGAUAAAGUACCUAAAUUGCUGUCUUAUCGGGGAGAAGCUUUGCUCGAUAUAGAUUUGACAAGUAUUUAAUUAAUAAUGGCAAAUUGAAGGGGAUCAAAAGGAUUUACAAAGUGAACCGAUAAUGAGGGGUAAUGAUAAAAUUAGACAAAAUUGGAAAAUGAUCACUUCUUUCGGGCGUGGGGUGUGACCAAUGCUAAAGUGCUGAUACAAUCAAUAAUAGAGGAACAUUUUCGAUUGCUUCUGUGAGUUUCUAAUAAAUAGCAGGAUUUUUUUUCCGAGGUGAUGUUCGUUCCGUACUGAAUGGAGAGUAGCCUUACAACUUACACGAUGGAAAUAGAAUAUUAUCGCCCUAAUUCAAACAGUGCUGAGGAUAAUGAUGCUAGUAUCUACUGGCUAAGAGUGCUGUCUGCUUCCUUGGGAAUAUGGCCCCAGAAGUUAGUAGGUGACAAAAAACAGUGGUGGAAACGGUUGUACUAUUUUAUGAUUAUUAUGCAUUGGUAUAAUACUUAUCUUCAAGUGGAAUUCUUCUUUCAUAAUCUUGGUGCGCUUAAAACCAUGACCGAGGGCCUCUGUUCUUUUUGCAGCAUAAGUUUGACCGGUAUCAAAAUCAUGCGCUUGAAUAGUUUUUCGAACGAAAUCAAUUUGUUGCUAGAAAGGAUGAGAACCCAUCAUUUUAUGCAGGAGAUCAAAUUGUUGAAGAAAGGAAAGAACAAACCAAUUUUCGAACGAAUUGAUCAAAUUAUGAAAGACAAGUGGAAAGAGGUAAAAAUCAACUUACUACUCUACACCGUUUCUGUGGGUAUAGUGGCAAGUAGUUAUUCCAUUUUCCCUGCCGUCAUCAAUUUGAUAAACCUUUUUCAAGGCAGUUCUAAUCCAAGGCGAUUUGUCUACAAGACAUACUACCGUGGUAUGGAAAAUCUGAAAUUCUACAGCCCGUUGCAUGAAAUUUUGUUUAGCUCAGAAUCGUUGUCUGGAUACACUACUUUCGCUGGAGUGAUUGCAUUCGAUGGGCUUUACGUUUUGCUAACCAUGCACGUGAUAACCAUAUUCAAGUCACUGAAACUGGUCAUAAAGGAAUCAACUCGCUCCAUCUUCACCGACGAGGAGAAACAAUUUUAUCUGCACGAGUGUAUUGAUCAUUACACCAGGGCGAUAAUGUUUAUGGACGAUAUAAACAAAAUAUUCUCACCAAUUUUCAUACUGCAAUUGUUCACAAGCACAUCCAUUAUAUGUGUAAUUGCAUUUCAUGCCAGCGCCAAUGCGCUCGAAAAAUUCUUGUUUCAAAAGGUAAUCUCGAUUUACCUACAUUCUGCUGAAAAGUCAAGUCAAACUGUAUUCUCGUUUCCACGAAUUUGGUGUAAUAAGAGCACUUAUGCACUUCUCAGAAUUGCUGCCCCAUCUCAGUUGUAAACAAUUUCCAUAUCGCCCAAACGCAAACAGAGCGAAGGAGAUUCGCAAAUCUUGGUGAUGGUUCUCUACUUGAUCGCUGCAUUUUAUCAACUGUUCCAGUUUUGUUGGUACGGACAAAGAGUCC